GUCAACUCAUUACAGGUUGUGAUUAACACUACACUCUAUGACUCAUUAGAAAACACCGCCUUUUCAUAGACCACACGAAUGGCGGCCAUCGAUACGAACCCCUCGUCACAACUUUGGCACUCUUCUCAACCCUUUGCACCCCUUGUGUGGCAUACGAUCGAUGGAAACCAUUGGUCUGAUUGAAUAGCAAACUGUACUGAAUGUGUGAGACAUUGCAAUGAAUACAGUGUAGACCUGUUAUCGCAAACUGUUUCCAAUUCUACCGACAGUUUGCACUUCAAAAUUGUGUUCACAAGUGUUUCUAUUAAUCAGUGUUUGACUGUAUUUGCAUUAAAUAACAUUCAGAGUGAGACAAACAGACAAUAAGUGUACAAAAUUAGACAACACUUGAGAGAUGUCUUGGAAUCGAUUGAAUCAAAACAAUGGUAACACUCUAUGGAUGGGAGACGUGGAGGAAGUGAUGGACGAGCGCUUCAUUAGGACUUCGUUUCAUCUGAUGAGCCAAAACCCAACACAUGUCAAAGUGGUUCGCCAUAAGACUGGUCAGGCCAUUGGAUACGCUUUCAUAUCAUUCGAGAGCCAAGAAAUGGCGCUAAGAGUGCUCAGAGAACUGAAUGGACAACAGAUACCAAAUGCGGUUCAAGGGAAGAGAUUUCGCCUGAAUUUGACGAGCAGUCGAGACCGAGAGGACAAUGAGUUCUCCAUAUAUGUGGGGGAUCUGAGCCCAGAAGUGGAUGACUUCACACUAUUGAAUGCCUUCUCCAAACACUAUCCCUCGACCUGUUCUGCGAAAGUGAUAGUCUUCUGGUAUUAUCUGUUGAUGGGAUCAAAAGACAAACUCAUGUCCAACGUAUGGAUCGCUUCCGCAAAUGUGGAUCUGAAGAAACUAUUAAUAGCGAGUGUAAUGGUUGCGGUCGGCGGCGGACAAGAAGUGGUGAGAGUUCUCAACAAUAAUGCACUCAAUAUGAAAAGCAAAGGCAAAACGAGGGAAGGAGUAAACGAUGUCUUAACUCAAGGAGAUUUGGCGUCACAUCGACUUAUGGUUCACUCGCUUUCGGCCGCAUUUCCUGGCCUUAGGAUCAUAUCGGAAGAGCACUCGUCCGUUGAGGACAACACGCUUGAGAUAUCGGCGCUUCACGUGACCGAUGAAAUGCUCGACGACGAGAGGUAUUCAGCGCUACCGUUGGGUCUGGAGAUACCAUUGGGUGAACUGACUGUUUGGGUCGAUCCACUCGACGCCACCAAAGAAUAUUCUGAAGGUCUGACACAAUACGUGACAACAAUGGUGUGCAUCGCUAGGAAUGGCGAGCCUAUCAUUGGUGUCAUUCAUAAGCCGUUUAGUUCCCAAACGUAUUGGUCGUGGAAAGGGAACGGAUUGUCAAAUAAUAUCAGAACUGCUCUCAAAACUAUUAGCAAAACUAAUGAUACAUUUCGUGCGAUAGUCUCUCGAUCUCAUGCCGGAGACGUUCAUGAGAUGAUCACAAAGUCAUUAAGUAGUGAAUAUAACAAUAUUAAAGUGAUUCCUGCGGCCGGUUCUGGCUAUAAGACAAUUGAGUUAAUCGAAGGCAGAGCUGAGGCAUACAUUCACACCACUGUUAUUAAGAAAUGGGAUACCUGUGCCCCCAAUGCUCUCCUCAACUCUAUAGACAACGCUAUGAUGACUGAAAUGAAUGGAAAUAUUAUCAAAUAUAACUAUGAAGACGAAGAGAUCAACGAAAACGGAUUGUUGGCCACCGUUCGUGAAGAUCACGAGAAACUCGUAAAGUUGUUUCAAAACGUCAAACAAUAGUUUACUGACGAUUAAAGGGAAUUACAGAUACUUUUAGAGAUCGUCUCAAAAGUGGAUCAUUGCUAUAAAUCUUGACAUCAUUUGAGUGAAC